AUGAAUUCUCUCCAAACUAAUCAAGGUGACAUGGAAGAAAGACUUGAGUACAUCUGCAACACUCUCGGCUUGACUCAAGAUGAAAGGAACAAUAAGCAUAAAGUGCAGGAGAUAGACUACGUCUUAGAUGAUAUCGUCAGGAUGGACUGGGUCUCUGCUUUCCCCGGCCUUAAAUAAACUGAUUCUUAUUAAGCAAGGAAUCAUUCAAAUUGAAGGUUUAGACAACCAGAGUGCUCUCACUCAGCUUUGGCUUAACGAGAAUGGAAUCCAGGAGAUCCAGAACCUUGAUAACUGCACUGUGCUUAAAGAACUUUACCUUAAUGAUAAUUAAGAUAACAAGAAUAUGUGGACUCGAAAGACUCGUCUCGCUCGAAGUGCUUUACCUCUGUGAAAACGAGAUCGAUACUCUAGAUGGGAUCCCGCAGCUGCCUAACCUACGAGAGCUUAACCUAGCGAUGAACAAUAUAGAAAUUAUAGGUACUGGCCUAGACGGGCUGGAUAAUUUAGAAGAUCUGAACCUAGCCGGAAAUCACAUUGGAAAUUUCAAAGAAUUGCUAAAUUUAAAUCGUCUUCCUAACUUAAGAAUCGCUACAUUCUUCGAUCCGCAUUACGGUGAUAACCCAAUUUUGAACCUAUGAAAUUAUCAGACAUACGUGCUGUACCAUCUUCCUUGCCUUGAAAAACUAGACACUCUGUACAUAAGUGAUGAUGCGAAGGCUUUCGCUGAGGCCACAUUCAUGAAGAAACGAAUGUACUACAACAUGCGGAUAAAGACAAUUCAGAGGAACUCCUCCAACCUGCUCAAAGUGAUACAUGUAGGGAAAUAACCUCAAAAGUUUCAAGCUAGAUAUUGACAUCACAAGGUUGACUAAAUAAGAUGUAUGCAACCCUUAGAGAGCUUGAAGAGAGACAACUCCUCUCCAUCCGUAAGGAAGAAGACGGAAGCCAAAAGAUAGAAAAUCCAUUAGAUCUAAUGGACCAAGAGAAGUUACUCAGUGACCUGGAAAGGAAGAAAUCAUUGUUCAUGGGUAGAAUCCAUGAAAAAUAAUGGAGAGAUUAAGAUAACUGAAGCUAAGUAUGAGAAACUUAGAAAAACAAUUUAUGAGUUGUCUGAGCAAAAUAUUCACAGAAUGAUCACAGAACUUGAAACUGGUGGAAACAUCCGCUUCGAAGAAGGCAAACCUUCCGAUAAGUGGUUCACUAGCUGUGAUGAUCUUGUCAAGUCUCGCUUCGACAAAGAAUACAUGAAACGCAAAUAUGGAAUCUACGACCUGGCUAUUUCCAGGGUGACUCGGAUCCACAACCGGUUUCUCAGAAACAAGUUCGAAGACAAAAUCGAACUGCUCAUGGACUUGACCGACUCCAUCCAGAAGAAGUCGAUCGAGUACCUGUUUUAUGGGUGAGACCCUGUGCUACCGAACGAAAUUUACAGAGCCAUCGAAGAAGGAUUCAGGUCGCCUGAAGAAUACACAACCAUGGGCAUGAAGCCGUAUGUGGCUCUUGUAAACAGCAUCACGGCUGCAGAGUCACCAAGGAUCAACGCGUUCUUGAACAAAAGUGAGGACGGAUCUCCUAACUUUGCACACAACAUGAGUGUGGACUCGGCUAAGAAGAAGCUUGAGAGCUUACCAUCUGGUCACAUUCUGGUAUGUAAAGUGUUUUAUCCUGGCACUAAGUACAUCACCAUUGAGCAGGGUGAAAACUCAUCAAAGCGCAAAUAAGUGGAAUGUAUACGACACAACUCUGAUUUUACCAGAAUAUCUUGUUGAAUUUGAAUACGUAUUCGAAGACAUUUACUCUCGAGAUACAGUGGUUACACUUGAGAGCAAACUCUAUAAAACCAAAGAAAUCAAUAGUAUUUUAUCAGCAACAAUCGAGGCAUCUAAGAUAUUGCAGAAGACAUACUUAAAUCCUCAUGUUAAGAACGGAGAAAAAGGAACUAGUUUUCACAUAUCAUCCCAAGACAUCGAAAGGUGAGACAUGGGGUGUCUAAAAUAAUGUCUUACUCAAAUAUCUUAAAGACUGUUAUGUAGGAGAACUUCUUGAAAACAACUUUAAGUUUCCAGAAGAGGAUGCUAAAAAUAGUAAAACUGCUAUUGAAAAUAGUCUUCCUCCUGAAAUUCCAUCCAGACCGAAAGUAGAAGAGAUUACUCCAGAAAUAAUCCAAAUUUCUUCGAGAGAGACUAACUUGUCUUUUAUUAAGUACCUAAAUCUGUUUAAUAACAACAUAAAAGAGAUGAAGAAUCUGAACGAGCUGACAAACAUAGUCACCCUCAUCCUUGGGUUCAACGAGAUUAAGGUCAUAGAAGGGAUAGAAGAGUGAUUGAAUCUUAAACGACUCGACCUAAACCACAACUUUAUCUCUCAAAUUUCUGGAAUCGAGACAUUAAAAGACCUGAACAUCCUCGAUUUGUCCAACAACUGGAUCUCCGAUAUUAGAGAUGUGCAUGUAAUCGUUGAUAAUGACCUUCCUGUAAGUGAGCUCUCCCUCAAAUGUAAUCCAAUUGCCUCAAGUGGGUCUUACAGAAGCUAUAUUUUUCAGACAAUUUCGUACAUGAAAAAGAUAGAUGGAAUCCUUCUUAAUGACAAUGACCUCCAAAAUGAUACCGAGACAGUAAUGACUGAAGAACUUAUUUGAAAAUAUACCAGCAACCAGACCAUGAAUGGGAUUAGCCAUAAGAGCAAGACUAAGCUCAAGAGUGAGUCGAAACUUCUCGGGGAAGACAACAUCUCUGGGUACAGUGAGACCUUGAGUUCUGAGGUCUUGAUGAUCAACCAUCUGAAAAUCAUCAAAAUUGAAAGUUUAAAUAUCUGUCCUAAUCUCAGAAAACUUUCUUUAUGUGAUAACAAAAUCACUAAAAUUGAAGGUCUUCAGCAUUGAAAGUUGCUCGAAGAGCUCUCCUUAGAGAACAACUUUAUCACAGAGAUAGAAGGUCUUGACCACCUACAGUAUCUUAAGAAAUUAGAUCUCGGGAGAAACAAGAUUCAGAUGAUUAAGAACUUGGAUGGGUUGUCUAGCCUGACCCAGCUAUCAUUAGAGGAUAACCAGAUAAGUUCUCUAUCCGGAACAGAACACUUCUACAACCUGAUGGAGCUAUAUAUUGGCAACAACUGAUUCACAAAUCUUAAGGAAAUUUGAAAAUUGAAGAAACUCCCUAAGCUAAUUAUCCUUGAUAUCUCUGGAAAUGAGAUGUGUAGGAUGGACUACUAUAGAGUGUAUAUCAUUUUUCAUCUCAAAAAGCGUCUUAAAGUCCUUGAUGGUCAGUCCAUAGAGCAAGCAGAGGUCCAGCAAUCUAAUGAGAUGUUCGCUGGGCGUCUUACAGAUGAGAUCCUUGAAUCCAGAGCCUCAACAAUGUAUUUCUCAGAACUGAAAGAGCUUGAUAUUUCGCAUCUAAAAUUAAGAGAUUUUGAUGAGAUGUUUGAUGAAAAUAAAUUCCCAAGCCUCAGAGAGCUCAAUAUUUCCCAUAACAACAUGGUCACACUCAGAGGGUUCGGAUACCUGCCCAACUUGAAGAUACUAACAGUCUCUGCUAAUAAGUUAGAAACACUUUACUGAGCUAAGAAUGAAGAUGGCUACCCAAAAGGACUCCUAGGUCUGACUGGCUUAGAAGUUUUAGAUAUUUCUUACAACAAUAUUACUGACUUUUAUGGUCUAAAUUUUGUGAAAAUGGAAGAACUGAAGAUAUUCAAUGCAUCGAACAACAACAUCACAAAGGUUGAAAACAUAAAUCAUCUAAUGGAUUUGAGAGAAAUAGACCUAUCUUCUAACAGAAUCAGACAAUUCGAAGCAAAUUCAUUCAGCCCAGACCAGAAAAUAGCGUGACUAAGAAUAGAAGAUAAUGGGUUAAAGACCCUUGCAUAUGUUGAUAACCUCACAAGCCUCCAGUUCUUGUUCUUACAUGCGAACAGAAUCUCAGAUUUUUGGGACAUUGAGAAACUAGAAGGGUGUCCAAACUUAAUGGAACUAUGUCUUACCAACAACCCUAUAUACAAGAAGCCAGUUUAUAGAGCCUCAGUCUUGAAGAGGCUCCAGAGGCUACUCAUACUUGACACAAAGGAAAUCACUCCUGAGGAGAGGGAGAGAAUUGAAAACACAAUGAUGCCAGAAGCGAAGAUGGCUCCAAUGGUACAAUACUCUCAAUACCCUAGCUCUAAAGUUCCAGUAAAGCUUAACCCAGUUAAUUUCGAAGGUGUAUUUAACAAUAUGAAAUCAUUUGCUGAUCAGACAUCUCCUAACGUAGGCAAACAAAGUCAACAUAAAAGCGGCAGUUCUCGAGGAAACCGUGGAGGAAAUAAUGAUAUGGCAAAUCUGAUCCAAGUGACAUCCAUGCAGACCAAGUUCAUGGACUAAUCCUUAAAUCCCCGUGUAAGAAACUUCAGCUACAUUACUCAAAACCUUAAUUUUAAUAUUCAAA